UGAAAUCAGUACUUUAGUAGUAAACCUGUCAAGGGGGUUAGUCCAGUGUGAACGAGCUACAUUCAUGAGGAAAUUAUCGAUUUUUUAUAUGAUAUAGUGUAUGGGAGUGGGGAGUUUGAGGAAGUUAACCUCUCUUAUCCGGUUAAAUUAAUGCAUGAAUUAAUUAUUCAUUCUACAAUUUGAGGAAAAAAUAGGGAAUGGAGGGAUCAGACAGACCAGAGAUACAAAUAGUAGAGGAUAAAAAGGUGGAGGAGCGAGAACCAGGGGCCAGUCGUCAUGGAAAUUUUAAAAAUUAUUACAAGUUUCAUCCUGCUGAAGAGCGUGUGCGACAACUUCCACGAGGCUUGUGGCAGUUGAGAAAGAACGAGCGGAAAUACAAUGCUCUAGAUGUCGGCUGUAAUGCUGGGAACUUGACAAUCGAACUACACAAAUUUCUAAAGGAGGAAUUAUCAAUCGAUACUGAUAUCCAAAUACUGGGAAUCGAUUUGGAUUCGAAUUUAAUUGAAAGAGCGCGUGCAAAUACCUCCGAUCCUUCAAUACAUUUCGAAUGUCUUGAUUUUUUCACUGAAAUAAGAGAAACAGCGAUUUGUAGCUAUCUGAAGGAGCUGGAGAGGGAAAAAUUUGACGUGGUAUUCUGUUUUUCCAUUACGAUGUGGAUUCAUCUGAAUCAUGGAGAUGAGGGGCUCGUCAAGUUUUUGGAGGAGAUUUGUCAAAUGACGGAAAUGUUGGUGAUAGAGCCCCAACCGUGGAAUUGCUAUAGAAAGGCAUCCCGAAGGAUGAGAAGAGGUGGUGAAGAGGAUUUUCCACUUAUCAAUAAGCUGAAAUUGACUGGACGUAUGGAGAGACACGUGGAAAAAAUUGUCUGUGGAGAAAAGUGCGCUUUUCGCCAAAUUACUACCACUCAAGAUAAUAAUUGGGGCAGGAAAAUAUUAAUUUUUCAAAGGAAACAAUUGUAGUCGCAAAAAAUAACUUAUAUUCUUUAAGAGAAAAAUAAAAAUAAAA